AUGACGAUACCCGACGAAGUUGAUGUUAUUGUGUGUGGAGGAGGAUCAUGCGGCUGUGUGGUGGCUGGCCGUCUGGCCAACGUGGACCACAAUCUCCAGGUUCUACUGCUGGAAGCUGGAGAGAGUAAUCUCAACAACCCGUGGGUGUACCGCCCCGGCAUCUAUCCGCGUAACAUGAAGCUUGACUCCAAGACGGCUUCGUUCUACUACAGUCGUCCGUCUGAGUGGCUUGGCGGCCGACGAGCUGUCGUCCCUUGUGCCCAUAUCCUAGGCGGUGGCUCGAGCAUCAACUUCAUGAUGUAUACACGGGCUUCGGCUUCUGACUACGACGACUUCCAGGCUAAAGGCUGGACCACGAAGGAACUGAUCCCGUUGAUGAAGAAGCACGAGACGUACCAGCGUGCCUCACAGAACCGAGACAUUCAUGGCUUUGACGGCCCAAUCAAGGUCUCCUUCGGAAACUAUACAUACCCCAUCAUGCAAGACUUCCUGCGUGCUGCCGAGAGCCAGGAUAUCCCCGUCACCGACGAUCUCCAAGAUCUCGUCACUGGCCAUGGUGCUGAGCAUUGGCUGAAGUGGAUUAAUCGUGACACAGGUCGUCGUUCCGACAGUGCUCACGCCUAUAUCCACUCCACCCGAGCUCACCAUCAGAACCUACAUCUCGUUGUCAACACCAAAGUCGAGAAAGUCUUGAUCGAAGGCGACCGUGUAGUUGGUGUCAGGACUGUACCAACCAAGCCUCUCAGCCCAAGCGAGAACAAGCAUAGGGACUACAAGGCCCGCAAGUUCGUCAUCGUCAGCGGUGGCACUCUAAGCUCCCCAUUGAUCCUCCAGCGCUCUGGUAUUGGCGAUCCUGAGAAGCUCCGCAAGGUUGGUGUGAAGCCAGUCGUGGAUCUUCCCGGUGUCGGCCUCAACUUCCAGGACCACUAUCUCACCUUCUCCACCUAUCGUGCUAAGCCACAGGUCGAGUCGUUCGAUGACUUCGUCCGUGGCGAUAAGGAGACACAAGAGAAAGUCUUUAACCAGUGGAACAUCAACGGUACUGGACCGCUGGCUACCAACGGCAUAGAUGCCGGCGUCAAAGUCAGGCCAACUGAGAAGGAACUCGACGAGAUGGAUUCGUGGCCGUACCCAGAGUUCAGGAGUGGCUGGGACUCUUACUUCAAGGACAAGCCGGACAAGCCCGUGAUGCACUACUCUGUUAUCGCCGGAUGGUUUGGAGAUCACAUGCACAUGCCCCCGGGCAAGUUCUUCACUAUGUUCCACUUCCUGGAAUACCCAUUCAGCCGAGGCUUUACCCACAUUACCUCUCCAUCCGCGUACGAUUCUCCAGACUUCGACGCAGGUUUCAUGAACGACAAGCGUGACAUGGCACCCAUGGUAUGGGGAUACAUCAAGUCUCGCGAGACGGCUCGUCGCACGGAUGCCUAUGCCGGUGAAGUCACGAGCAUGCAUCCGUUCUAUGCUUUUGACAGUCCUGCUCGUGCCUUGGAUAUGGAUCUCGCCACCACCAACGCCUAUGCUGGUCCUAACCAUAUCACAUCGAACAUUCAGCAUGGUAGCUGGUCCAUGCCACUGGAGGCGGGCAAGGCACCGCAGGUUAGUUGGCUGAACAGCAAUCAGCAGACUGUGAGAGAGGAUCUGCAGUAUAGUAAGGACGAUCUCGGGCAUCUUGAAGAGUGGGUUAAGCGUCACGUCGAAACUACCUGGCACAGCCUCGGUACCUGCUCCAUGGCUCCUCGGGAGGGCAACAGCAUCGUCAAACACGGUGUCCUGGACGAGCGCCUCAACGUCCACGGCGUCAAAGGGCUCAAGGUUGCCGACCUUUCGAUCUGUCCAGACAACGUCGGCUGCAACACUUACUCCACUGCCCUUCUGAUCGGUGAGAAGUGUGCCGUGCUAACUGCAGAGGACCUGGGCUACUCUGGCAAGGCAUUGGACAUGCGUGUGCCGGAGUACCAUGCUCCGAGAGAGACCACUGGGUUGUCGAGGUUGUAA